AUGUUUCUUCUACCGUUUAUUUUGGCCAUAGCAGGGUUUAAUCUCUUUUCGAACUGCUCAUCGGUGGACCUGAAGUCCUAUACAAUAACUCAAUCAGUCAAGGUUUAUCAUGGGCAGUUCAUGCCAAAUGGAACGUAUAAAAUGUUCAUGGGCUACCAAGAACAAAUAAUCCUAGUUAGAUACGGAGAGCAGAUCAUCUACCCACAAGUUAUUUACGAUGUAUCUAACAAAGAGUGCCUGGUAGAGCUUUUUGAAAAAGGUGAAUCCAAGUACUUAAUAGUUUCAAUUUUUGAAAAAGUAUCAACAGAGCCUUCCAUUUCGGAGAGAAUUUACUACAAAUGGGUUGACGAUGUGUUUGUUGAGGUUGAAAGCAAAGUCGUUGUUGAGGAAACAGGCGGCUGUGUGCUUCUCUACUUUAAUAUUAAUCCUGGAUUUAGACACCCGUUCGUUCAGAAAAAAUCAAAAUUACAGGGCAAUCAUAAAUAUGUGGAAUACACAAUAGCCAAACAGUUUAAAAACCUCUCAAUAAACCAACAAAAUGACAUACAGUACAAGUUCGGAAUAGCGUAUGAUCCACUCAUAGACAUCGUGGUUGGAUUCAAGAUUUUCAAGAGUUUUGUAGACAGUUUCGAUUCAGUAAAAUAUACUUACAAGCUAGUAUUAAAUAGAUUAGAGUUUAGACUGGGAUCGAAGACCAUAAGCUACCACAAAACUAAAUACUACUGUAGAAAGAUUUGGUCAGCAAAUGUAGCAAAUAGCAUAGACUAUGAUGAUUUUAACAAAUUCGUGGCGCACGAAACGCUGAGCUUCAUGGAUAGAAGAGGAAUUAAGUUCGAGCCCAUAAUCAUCGACAUCUCAGAAUUAAUUUCCUCCGAGUUAUUUGGAGUGGAAAAAACUCUCGGAGUGUUGGGUUCUUGGAGGUACACUUUAUACCAGCUGAACGAAAACAACAAGGAGUUGUUCAAAAUAAGAAGUGUGAUGGACUUGACGUCUGACGAUGUUGUAAUUUGGGUAAUAAAUGACAGCGCUCAGGACACCACUGUUGAAGUAUAUCAAACGGCAGAUAGAACCAUAGUUGCGGUGGGCUUCACGUACUACUCGUCCUUAGGAGCAAUUAGAGAAGUUCAUAUGUUUGAUAGAUGCACGGAGUCAGGGAAAGUUAUAUACAAGGAAGUUUUUGGGAAUGAAAAAAAUGAGCUCAUAACUUCCUUGGAGCUUAUGGGACCAAUAGCACUAAACAUCUCAAUAGACAAUGCUCCCACUUCUUUGUACAGAUCUGAAAUCAGGGUUGAUUCAAACGGGAUUCACAAGCACUUUUACAUCAAUGAACCCGACGGACACGCCAUAGAUCAUUCUGAAAAGUAUGUGUUUGGAAACAUAUCUUCAAAAAGAAUUUACGAAGUAGGUAAUAUUCCCAUGGAGAAGUAUUGGAAUGAGGGUUUGGUAAUUGCCAGACUUAUCAAUAAACAAAAUAUAGUAGUACCGAAUGCAGUGAAAAUGGCGCCUAUUCAAUUUGAUUCCUUGAAAUUCGAGACGACGCACAGUAAUUGCAGUUCUUAAC